AUGAUUAAGCAUAAUAUAAUUAAUGAAUAUAGGGAGGUUGUGAGCAUAGCAUUUAUAUCAUUAUUUGAUGCGUAUUAUUUUGCAAUAGGAAUGAAAGUGAGCAAUUUUUUAAGUACUAGUACAUGGCAGAAAGGGAUUUUAACCAGUACAAUUUCAAAACAAACAGAAACAGAAUUAUUUCUGAAUGCCUAUGUCUUUCUACCAAUAAAAGAACUUGAAAAUAGACGUCCUGUAACUGACUUAGACUUUGCAUCAUUAUAUCUGAGUCUUAUUAUGACUUACAACCUCUCGCCUGAUAAAAUUAUUUCUUUCGAAAGUAUGCCAAAUCUCUAA